AUGGGCAAUCCUCCGGGUGACGACACUACCGAUCAUGGCGACCAUCUAUAUCCUGACCAUCGCUCAACCUUACAACCUGCCAUCUCCCGACCUACUGAUUUGUGUAAUUCCAACAACGUCCCUCCUGCUCCGCUUGCGUCUCAGCCUCACUCCUUUUCUGGGUCAUACGACGCGGUCUCGCUUUCUGCGACCAUGGCGCCUGGGCCAGUGGUACGAGAUGUUUCACUAUGCGAAAGAGAUUUGCUGGGAAUACCAGCCAAUAUGAUGCACGGAUUUCGUUCGGCCUUCGUGCAGUAUGAAGGCGGUUCCCUGAGCGGACGGCCUGACUAUCUGUGCAAUUUUAAGUAUACCGGGCCUGAAGCCUCGUUCUCGUCUGUGGAGUCACUAUCCAGCUGGGCGAUGGAGCGGGAAAGCAUACAGAGUGCUAGUAUUUCUCAGGCAGGUGAAGAACCGGGCGGAAAAGUCGGAUGCUAUGAUCAAGAGGACAGUGGCGGGGGAAGUGAGGGCAGAGGGAGAUCCAUCCGAGACAAUGGCGAUAGCGCUGUGCCUUUCCCUGCAGAUGGCAUUACUUCCACCGCGUCUGGUACGUAUCAUAUCCCGACAGCUCCCGCCUCCGACACAUCUAUGAGCAUUGUUGCCGCCGACGCAGAUGAAGCUAAUAUAAUUGCUGUAGGCCCAGCCGGUACGCGAGAGGAUAUGGUACAGAAACCAAUCAAGAGUCGACGUUCGCGAUCAUGGAGCGGUAGAGCGAAGAGCAAAACCCCUUCGACCACAGGACAAAAUGUCCUGCCUUCUUCUCUAUCAAUCCAGACAACCGCUGUAGCAUCUGCAACUGAUGAUAGCGUUUCGCGGCGUUCAAGCGUUAGGCUUAGACUGAAGGGGACGGCUCAUCUCGAGAACAACGCCCUGCAUAUAGUCGGCGUGCGGGACACUACGGAGAAGGACGACAAACAGAGGCGUAAAGGGAACAGAUCCAACAGCGGAAUAUCAAAGUCGCACACGAGCCGCAGAACCAAUAGAGGUGAUAUGCUGGUUGGCUCUGGCGGCUCAUCUAAACCUCUGAUACCAUCCCCUUCAGUCCAAUCAUCUGUCGUAGUGGAGCAAAGUGAAUAUCCGACAUCCAUUGUCAAUCAUAAUGAAUCUUGUGUCGAAGCUAGUUCUAUCGCAGACAACAGUGAAACCACAUGGGCUCCUCCUUCGACCGACUUGGACGUGAUGGAGCGGGCUGCUGGACAAGUAUGUAUUCAGCGUCCCCCAGCAUCGACGUGUCAUCCCCCCGAAGCGCCAGUUGGUCCACUGCAUAAUGUCCAGAUUGUCGUCGAGACAGUGUCCCGCAACGAUGCCAAGCAGAUGCAUACGCCUCGCCCGGAGCUAAACUUGACACCGUGGCAGACGCAUACACCUACUCCGUGGUUGAAUUGGCAAACACAAAUGUGUUAUCCCGGCAUUUCGCCGGGUAUCUCAUCUCCCAAGCUGAAUACCCCAUUUGCUGGGAGUUUCCCUCCCUCAUCAUCGACCAUACCCACGCUGCAGGACACUCACACCGACUCGGUGGGCCAGGUCGAGGUGUCCAUGGCACCGGUUGACACAAACAUUCCACUUCCACUGUGGCCAUGCAUCCCCUUGCCUCCAUCGACUCUCCCCAAUGUUUUCUCUGAUACUUCGCGCUUUGAACCUGUACCGUGGCUCCCGUCGGUUCCUGCAUAUACAUUCCAUCCUGUUCCCACAGGCGCAAGUGAAGGAUGCUUACCUCUUUGUACUCCGUCGUCCACCUUCCAUAGUGACCCUUUUCGCCUAUUUCUUCCUGACUCGCCAGAGCAAGGGCGAUACUCGGUAUCUGGAAUUCCAGCCGGCAGCGACUAUAGUUCCAAUCGUGGAUGUGAAGAUGACGUUGAAAUUGUAAUGAACCAAAGCGAGACUUCAGUGAAUGUUAGGGGAAGCCAAACGGAUAAUAUUUCCCUUGAAAACUCUGUAGGGACGACGCAUGGUAUGUGA